UAUUUUUUUUGUUUUUCCACGAGCAUAGAUUCUCCACCUAAAAAAAGGGGGAAAAAACAGAGAUUUCUUUAGUUCCCUGAUUUUUUUCAUAUUCAAAUAUUAUAUGAUUAAUCUGAUCUGAAACAGGGGAGCUGAGGAAGAGGCCGCUAGUGAGCGAGAAAAUGAUAUCUGUUAGCAUGGAAGAAGAUAGAAAAUGGAGUGACAAACAAAUGGAAGGGGAUGGUGGUUUCAGAACCGUGGAGUGCCUAAGAGGGAGAUUGGUUGCAGAGAGACAAGCUUCAAGGCUUGCUAAAGAAAAUGCAGAGCUUCUGGGCAAUAAGUUGAUAGAGCUUGAGAACCAACUUAAGGAAGAGACAAAACUGAGGAAGAAAGCUGAAAAGAAGCUUAAAAUCUUGAUUAAGAAGCUUGAAUCCUUGAACAUUAUCACCAUAUCGGUGGAAUCAGAGCAGUCUAGUUCGUCGGAAAACUGUAAAAUGUCUUCUAGAUCAUGCACCAGUACCUCAGAUUCCAAAGACCCAGAAGAAGAUGAGAUCAAAUCCCAAUUCACGAGCCCAGAAAUCUCACAAAAUCUGCAGCACAUUGUCUCAGAAAACUCUGCAUCCACUCCAAGCCAUUCAAGCCCAUCCAGCGAAAAAGAUUCCCAUUCUAAUUCCGACCUCAAUGAUCCUUCCCAAGAAAGAUUCAGCGACAAUCAUAGUUAUUCAAGCUUAAAAUCUUCAACACAAGAGAAUGGGAGUGAUCAUGAGGAUAAUGUUGAUAACCCGUUGGCAUUAGUUCCGGUGGGUUUUCCGGCGACCUCACAGACUGCUGAAGUGAAGCCAUUAGAUGAAAGCGUUAGGGAAGUUCUUGAUGCUUUAAGGCAUGCCAGGGAAAGACUUCAGAGCUCAAUACAGAGCAGACAUAUGGUUCAGGUUGGCUCAACUUAAAAGUCACUUAUGCAAAUAGACAAACAAUAAUUUUGUCAAUUUUCUUUCACAUAGUAGUAGUACAGAAAAAGACAUUUCAGCAAGAUAUGGCCAUCUGCCUUGUUUUGCAUUGAAGCAAACAGAGUAAAAUUAGGCUAAAUAUUGCAUUAAUCUGAGUGUUAGAGGUUAAUAAAGUUAUUUUUGAUUGUGUACAUCACGCAGAGCAUGUGAUGUGGGGCUUGAUGUUGUUCAUGCUUUUUGGCCCUGGUCCCAACCUUUUGCCAGUUUCUUCUUUGUGCUGCUCUACUUAUGGCCUUGAAUGUAAUUGAAUACCAAUUGGAUAUGAUCACUUGAUGCUUGUGACUUGCC